UUUUUUUUAAAGAUUUAUUUAUUUAUUAUAUAUGAGUACACUGAAGCUGUCUUCAGACACACCAGAAGAGGGAAGGCAUCAGAUCUCAUUACAGAUGGUUGUAAGCCACCAUGUGGUUGCUGGGAUUUGAACUCAGGACCUCUGGAAGAGCAGUCAGUGCCCUUAACCGCUGAGCCAUCUCUCCAGCCCCAGAUGUCACCUUUAUGUCCUGCUUAGACUUUAGUGUCACACAGCCUAGUUAUCUGAGAAGAACGCCUAAUUGAGGACCUGCGUAAGUCAAACUGUUUGUGUCUGUGGGGGACCGCAUUCCUCGGGCAGGAGAUGCUGGACUGUGUGAGAAAGCUAAGUGUGAACAGAUGGGCCAGCUGGAGGCAGUGCUUCUUCAUGGUUCCUGCCCUGACUUCUCUCGGGGAUGGACUAUGACCUGAAGCUCUUAGGCCAUGAACCCUCUCCUCCUCAUGUUCCUUUUGGUCAGCAUUUAAUCAUAGCAAAAGAAAGGAGACCAGUGUGUGUGUGUGUGUGUGUGUGUGUGUGUGUGUGUGUGUGUGUGUGUGUGUGUUUUGCUGGGGUUUUGGAACAAACCAUUACAUCUGUUUCUAGCUCCUAUCACCUCACUCUGACAAACGUCUCCUAAGCACAGUCCCAACACAGUGCAGGGCUUUAUAGAUUAUUCUGGUGUUAUUCUUCCAGGUCCCUGGCUGUCACUGAAGUCAGGGUCAGAACUCAAGCAAGAGCUUGGCGGAAGUCAUGCAGACACUGCUCUAUGGCCUGCUCACUUGCCCAUGUGUAGCUUUCUUACAUGGGCUGGGACACCUGCCAAAGAAAGGGUCCUUCAGUGUCACUUAGUAAUCAGGAUGAUCCCUGGCAGGCCAGCCUGACCCUCAACCGAGGCUUUUCAGGUGACCCUAGGCUGUGCCACUCUGACAAGGUUAAGGACAACAGACAACAGUUUAGAGGAAGACAAGGUUCCCAGGAGUUAUCUGCCUAAGACAGGAUGCAGAAUGCUGGACCCCAGCAGCCCAGCUUCUCUCUCUUUGUUCCCAGACAUCAGGGCUCCUGCCAGGACCUACUGCUGAGGCUCACCACGCUUCUCCUCUUGGUUAGGCUUGUUCUUCCUGGCUCUGCUUUUCAAAUCCAGCACCAGCUCUUGUCUGCUCAGUGGUGCCCCAUUUCCAGCAGCCUGCCUAUCCUGCAGCCUUCCUGACCCGGGGACUCGCUCCUGGACUCAGACCAAACCAACUCCAUAUCCAGCCUAUCGCACAAGGAGCCUUCAGUAAGGAGGCAUGACCCUGACUUUUCUAGCACCGGAUAAAAUCUGGAGCGACGGCUCACACCUGAAAUUCCAGCCUUCAGGAGGGGAGAGAAUGGCAUCUACCAGAGGUCUUGGAAAUUCGAGGUUGUCCUGGGCUACAGAGGAUAGAUAACACUGUCUCAAAAGGCUGGUGCAGUCUGACCUUUCAUUCCAACACUAGGAGGCAGUAGCAGGUGGAUCUCCACGAGCUGGAUCUGUAAGCAUUCCUUUUAGGCUCCGCCCUACAGUUACCAGGCAAUAGCCAGGUAGCCCUGGUUUACUACAGAAGGUCUGUUUGCAGCUCCUCUCUCUUAUUCUGUCUCUCUGGACUCUCUCCCCUCUCCACGUGUUCCUGGCCGGACUCCCUCCCCCACUUCCUUUCUCUCUCUCUCUCCCCGACCCCUCUCUCUCCCUCUCUUUCCUUUCCUUCCUUCUCACCUCUAUUCUACACUGUGUCUACAUUUGGCUAGUACCUACCUCAGGGGAAGGGCUGCUCCCCUCUCACCUCACCUUAACUGCGCUUCUGUCAAACAUAUCUUGGUCUCUCUCUCUCUCUCUCUCUCUCUCUCUCUCUCUCUCUCUCUCUCUCUCUCUCUCUUAUAAAACACAACAGGAUACCAGCCCGGUCAAACACCUUGUGUCGUGCCUCAAAAAGAUCUACAAAUUCAUAGAUGUACACUGUCUAGAUUUAAAGUGGUAAAAAAAAAAAGUGGAAAACUUCUGGUCUUAACACGCACAUCUUCAUUAUAGGCAACAUGGAAAACACGCACACACAAAAACCUAUGUGGGUCAAGGAAAGUCGUCCAGAAUAUUGCCACCUAAAAGGUUCGGGGACCCGGCUCGCGCCUGCGCAGUGUCGCAGUGCGAUCGAAUGGUCGGUAAUGCCCACUUGUCUCCAGAGUUCUAAACUUGGGCCGAACUUCUGCAGGGCGCCGUGGCCACUUCCGGGUUGCUGCGUCGCCCCUCUGCGACGUCACGCUGUCCCGAGCUGCGGGGCGGGGCCUGCGGGGAGCGCCGCUCGCUCUAAUUCCAGCCCUCAGCCACGCGCGGCAGCAGUCUCGCGAGACCUCGCCGACAGCGCACAGCUCCGGGCACUUGCCCUUCCCGAGCCGGCGUCGGCGGCGGAGUGCGCAGGCGCGGCCUUCGGGUUUCCCCGGCUACAGUCGGCGCAUCGGCCCGCUAGUCCGCCGCCGGCUCUUCCGCCGCCCUGCGCCAUGGCGGGCUGCGCGGCGCGGGUUCCGCCGGGCUCCGAGGCGCGCCUCAGCCUCGCUACCUUCCUCCUUGGUGCCUCGGUGCUCGCUCUGCCUCUGCUCACGCGCGCCGGCCUGCAGGGCCGCACCGGGCUGGCGCUGUACGUGGCCGGACUCAACGCGCUGUUGCUGCUUCUCUACCGGCCGCCGCGCUACCAGAUAGCCAUCCGAGCUUGUUUCCUUGGCUUUGUGUUUGGCUGCGGCGUGCUGCUAAGUUUCAGCCAGUCCUCCUGGAAUCACUUCGGCUGGUACGUGUGCUCGCUCUCCCUGUUCCACUACUCUGAGUACCUAGUGACAGCUGUCAAUAAUCCCAAAAGUCUGUCCUUGGACUCCUUCCUCCUGAACCACAGUCUGGAGUACACAGUGGCUGCCCUGUCUUCCUGGAUAGAGUUCACCCUUGAAAACAUCUUUUGGCCAGAACUGAAGCAGAUUACCUGGCUCAGUGCCGCUGGGCUGUUGAUGGUGAUCUUUGGAGAAUGCCUGAGGAAAGUGGCCAUGUUUACAGCCGGCUCCAACUUCAACCACGUGGUACAGAGUGAAAAGUCAGACACCCACACUCUCGUGACAAGUGGGGUAUACGCUUGGUGCCGGCACCCCUCCUAUGUGGGCUGGUUUUACUGGAGUAUUGGAACCCAGGUGAUGCUGUGUAAUCCCAUCUGUGGUGUGGUCUAUGCCCUGACGGUGUGGCGCUUCUUCCGUGAUCGCACAGAGGAGGAGGAGAUCUCGCUGAUUCACUUCUUUGGGGAAGAAUACUUGGACUAUAAGAAGAGGGUGCCCACAGGCCUGCCUUUCAUAAAGGGGGUCAAGGUGGGGCUAUGACAGGAAGAGGCCCCGUGGGACCAGGGACCUCUGGCCCUGCGCAGCCUAGGACAAAACUAUUUAAAGUUGGGCACACAGAGUGAGUUUUCUUAAUUGUUUUAUAUGUCACUAAUUACUCCUCAGAAUGUCACCCAGGACCUAAUAUUGAGGCGAUGUUAGGUCCAAAGGAGCCACGGCAGCUGUCUCCUGCACUGAAGGCAGGUGGGGCAAGGAGUGUGUCCAGGUGUUCAUCGACGCCUCUUCUACCAUGGCAGGGGGAUGACUCAAGCCACAGCCUCACACCCCCUCAGGCUAGAGUGUGUUUGCAUGGUGACCAGGAUGCUUGGGAGAGGUGGACACCGCCCUUUGGAGUGGUCAGAGCUGCCAAGUGUCAGCAUUGGAAAUGCACCAAACCCUUCUAUUUAACUCCCACACAACCCAGCUUUACCCUUUGUCGUCCAUGAGUGCGUGAACAUCUGCAUAAACUGGGAAGACUUGUACCCUUGGGCUCAUACAGAAACCUAUUUACACUCCAGUUCUAUACGCAGAGCAGUGUAGAUUCUGAGGGACAUCGAGCCUCUCUGCCUCGAGCGUCCAGGUCCAGCUUUCACGUGGCAACAGGUAGCACAGACCCUUGGGCGCUCUGCAGCUUUUGAGUAGCCACUGGACCUGGGCUGAAGAUGUGGGCCCAGGGUUCUCCCAUGGUCCUGGUCUCAGCUCUUCUGUUCCCCUGGGAAGUAAUGUCCUAACUUCUGUGCUAACGCCGAGAAAUGCUGCCCUCCCUGUGUUUGGGAUCAGUGUUCUCAUUUAUCAUAGCUUCUGAUUUUUAUUUCCGUGUUGCAACAAGUCUGUCAAAUUAGUUUCCUGUGUUUUCUCAAAGUACCCUACUGCUGCAGCAGGUGUUUUCCAGAAGGUUCCAGCAUAGCUCAUGCGCCUGCAACCCGAGGCAGGUUAGCCCUCCACAGUUCACAGUAGAGAGGCCUGCUUGAGUUCCACUAGCAUUUUUUUUUUUUUUUUUGGUUCUUUUUUUCGGAGCUGGGGACCGAACCCAGGGCCUUGCGCUUCCUAGGUAAGCGCUCUACCACUGAGCUAAAUCCCCAGCCCCUCCACUAGCAUUUUUAUUCUGCUGGUCUGGAAGAACAUUUGGCUCUCUCCAUGCUGAGCACAAAAGCUUUAAGCGCUGCGACCCUUGAUUAGUCCUGGACUGGGUAAGAGGUUGGUCCUGGUGUGAGGCCCUUCCAGGUUUGGCCUUGCUUCUUGUCCUCAGUUUCUGCAGUGAGAUGUAGAAGGGUCUUCAAGUCUGCCAGGUGUGAGCGCAGCUGGGCGAGAGCCCAGUAGGAAGAUCUCAGCUCACACCCGGCUCUGAUGAAAGGCGCAGGGUUGGGUGCAUCGCUCGCUGUCCCUGCCACCUCAGCAGAAUGCAGAGCAGCCUGCAUAGUGCUCUGUGCAGCAGCCAGGGCCUCAGACUUGAGAAAAACCUUUUCCUUCUCUCACUGAGCAGAUACUGCUGGGUUGAAAAGAAUGGAUACUUAGUAUUUCAGCCCUCUGUUGAUCCUUGAGUACAGCUCUAUAUUCCGAGGUCUCAGAAGGCCUCCUUCCUUCACAAGCACACCAGGGCACAGAGGCACACUUGUUAUCAGGCCAGGCAAGCUGGUCCCCCACAGUGGCCAUGGUGUUGCUAAACUCGUUGGCAGUUUGCUGUACUAGGCCAGGUCUUCACAGGGUGGUUGGUAAUGCCAAGCUGGAAUCCAGCAGGACAGAAGUCCACAUGAGUGCUGACCUGGGACUUCAUGCUGGCAGUGGCAGAAUUGGCGGCUUCAGAAACAUGGUGACAGUCAUGCAGCCUGUGGGAUGGGUGUUGACUUUGGCCACUCAUAUUUUACUGGUUGGCUAGUGGAAAGCAGGACUGGUGUGCUGUGCCACAGCCCGCUGCUGCUGCUGCUGCUGCUGGGCUUCCUCAGCAGAGCUGCUGGGUCGGCAGGUCUGUUCCAGGAGGACUCAAAGGCCCAUCGGAAGGGAACUGGGGUGGAGGGUGUGCUCUGGCCAAGAGGGUGGUGAAGGUUAACAUGGGUGAGUGCUCAAUAUUGAGAUACCUAGGACCGUGUCAGAGCAGGAAGAACAGUCACGUGGGUGGUUAGUACUGUUGUAGGAUGCAGCCAGAGUUGGCUAAACCUUGGGGGCUGUAUGAAUAGGGAAUCGAAACUCAUUCUUGACAUGACAGGCAUUCAUUCUAUCAGCAGGGAGGCAACCCCAGUUCCUACACUAAAACUUCUGAGACUCCAGAAGCCUCAAAGACUUGUGCCCUGGGUAGUGUAGUAAGCCAGGGAAGCUGCCAGGAGAGCCUUGAACCAGCCCAGCUGGACGUGGUCUCUGGGCCAGUCUGCAGGCGCCAUUGCUGCAGCCAGGACCCCAAGACCACUUCCAAACUGCAAUGGUGCAGACCGACUGAAGGGGUGUGGCUAGAGCAGUGCUCACUGCCACGCCCUCCUGUGCUUGGGUCUCCCUUCAUGGUCAGGGUGGGGCCAGUGUCACCCACCCCACAGGGCUGUUGUGGUAAGAUGACCUGGACAGCCUAAUGAGGUCUUACAGGCGGGAAGCAGGCUUCUGUGUGUGAGAGCAGUGUGCGCUAAUGUGUGUCCAGAAAACGUUCUGCCAGCCUGGAAGUAAUUUAUUUUUAGAUUUUUAUGGCUUAGUCUUUUGUUGCUCUAUAUACCAAAGAGGCUUACGGGUUUGCCAGUUAGCGUGUGAGGCCAGUUGGCUCAGGAGCCGCCCUCCUGCCCACCCAGGAACAAGGCGAGCUCUGUGGCAGCGAUGCUGUUGUCCACACCAAGCUGCCCAGGCAGAAGUACCCUGGUGGGACAUCAGAUUUCAGUUCUGAAAUAUGAGUGGAGACAGACCACACUUCCUGUAGCCUACCCGACUCACUAGGCUGCAGACGGAGGGAUGGAUUCUUGGCAGCCAUACUUCGCUCUUUCUCAAUGCAUCUAAGCUCGGCUGCCUCCAGCCUCCCAUUCCCCUUGAGGGCCAUGAAGCUGUCUUGUUGAUGGAUGGAGAGUAGCUAAUGACAGCCCUUGGCAUUGUGGGUGGUAAGGCUGGACGUUACACUUGAUAUCACCUUCCACCUGCCAGAGGCCAGAAAGGCCAGCCUUAUGCCAGGCCCAGAGAGAGGGAGCCCAGCCUUAUGCCAGGCCCAGAGAGAGGGAGCCCAGCCUUGGGUCUCUUGGUGAGAUGCUGCGUGGUACCUUAGGAGUUAGGAGUCCUGAGGUUGCAUUCUUUAAAGAGCACGCCAAGGAUGUGGGUGGUGGAAGACCAGGCCACCCUUCUGACACUCCCAGGAUGCAGUUGGUAAUCCACAAGGGAAUAUGAGUGUUAGCAUUCUGUCUAAGCUCCACCCCGCAGUUACCUGGCACCAGCCAGGUGUGCCUGACUCACUAUAAAAGGGGCUGCUUGCCCCCUCCUCACUUUGUGUCUCUCUUGUUUUUCUUCCCUUCUUGCUCCCUCUCUCUCCCCAUUCCCUCCCCCCCCCCUUAUGUGCUCAUGACUGGCCUCUCCCCUCACCCCCUGCCUGAUAUAAACUCUAGUCUAUACUACACUGUCCUGUGGCUGGUCCCUCAGGGGGGGAGGGGUGCCUCAGUAUGGGCCCGCAGAGGCACCCUCUUCCCCCAUUCCUGACUGCACCUCCAUAGAACAUACCCCCCCACGCUUUAUCUUUUUAUGAACACAUCAGUGAUCCUUUCCUGGGCAGGAUUUGGCAGGUGCUUGGUUUCUGCUGCUGUGGACUGGAGAUGAUCUUCACUUUAUGAAUGUAGCCGUGACCCGUGGCAGCAGAGUUGGGUUGAAGAGGCUUUUCAGGUAUUAAAAGGGCUGCCGUGUCCUAGGGUUUCCACAGAUUAAGGAAUUUUCAGGAGAUUGAUGUGUCAGAGUGGAGGUUUCUGUGUGGAAAGUGGGUACAUUAGAUAAAAAAAAACUGCUGCUUGGCAGUGGUGGGGCAAGAAGCAUUGAGAAGGCCCUGCGGCUGCCACAGGCAGGAGAGACAGUUUGUAAUAGCUUCCUAGCAGGACAGAAAGCUUCCCAGCCCUGUCUGGUGGGAGCUUCUGCAUGGACCUAGGGCGUAGCCUUAUCAAUUCUUCCCGCUCAGUUACUAACUUGGAGCUGCAGGGUCAAGUCCCUGAGGGCUCAGCAAAGCUCCUGGGUGGCCUCCUCCAAACAGCCAGUGAGGCCUGCUUCUCCCGUGCACCCUCCCCUGCCUUAGGGAUCUUUGCUUACAGUGGCAGCAAGAUAGAGCCCUCAGCCUUCCCGAUGGGGUUGAGCUGGCAGCCACCUGGCCAUGAAGCUUGUCCCUCGCUCAUCCUGAGUGGAGGCAGCUUGUCUGACCCAUUGCAAGGAAGGAGAACUAUGGAGUAAUCACUGUACUCUUCUUUUUACAUACAGAAAUGUUUAUUUAAAUAUAUUAAAUGGGAUUUUCUUUCACAGAUACUGAAUAUUCUUUCUAAUUCUUAAAUAAAAGUAUACUUGGUUCACUAUGA